UUUCACCUUGUCAAAAGAAAUUUAGGAAAAAAGAUUUCUGUGAUUCAGAAAAAUUGUCCCAGGCCGGUUGAAGUUAAAAAGAUUAUCUUCUCCAAAAAAACACCUCACAGGAAUCACAAAAUCAAAAUUUUAAUCACAGUUCCAUCACUCCAGCCUUACCAAUACCCAGCUGCCAUUUAAACUCAUUGAAAUCAUCAACAAUUCCAACAAAAUGGAUCUAAACGACUCAACACAAACAAUGAAUGACCACGAAAAGGAGGUUAACGAUUGGAUUCGUUUUGGUUUGAGAUUAGGUGUUAGUGCAGCUCUGCAUCCAUUAGAAUACUCCAAAGUUCUUAUUCAACUUGGCUAUGAACCAAUUUCUCCUCGACCAGGAACAUCACUUCUAGGCAAACCCAUUAUGUUCCUACCGAACAUAUUCGAAUAUGCGGGUUACAUAAGACGAAUGGAUGGCUUCUUUGGAAUGUAUCGCGGUUUGACACCCAAAUUGGUUGGGUCUAUUGUGGGAAUGAUUUGUAGUGAGAAAGUCGCUAACGAACUUGGUCUCCCAGCUGAGAAAAAUGAUGAAUCUUUAUCAGAGCUUUCUGUCGACUCGAAAUGGCAGGAAGGAUCUGUUUCUGAUGAAGAACUCUAUUUACAAUUCAAGACAGCUCUCAAACGAGACGUCGUUCUUAGUGUCAGUGGGUUAAUUGUCUCCCAUCCAUUCCAUGUGAUCUCUGUUCGAAUGAUGGCUCAGUUCAUUGGCAAAGAAUCAGUUUACCGGUCGAUUUUUGGUUCCAUCAAAGAGAUCUUCCGAACUGAAGGUAUUUCUGGUUUCUUCUCGGGACUUGUUCCGAAAAUGCUUUGCGAUGUAGCUUGUUUAGUUUUGACCAGCUCAACUGUUUACAUGGUUAGCAAGUAUCUGGUCAAAGAUAAAAUCUCAAGAACUUAUUGCGCUGGAGGAACUCAGUUUAUCUUUGCAAGCAUCCUGUAUCCUUUGCAAGUUGUGUCCACUUGCAUGGUUGUCACAGGAUCAAGAUUAAUGGCUGGUCGUCCACCAGUUAUGCCUGAAUACGCCGGCUGGAGGGACUGUUGGAAUGAUUUACAGACUCGUGGUGAGCUUAAACGAGGAAGCUCAGUCUUUUGGAGAUAUGUUGGUUCGUCUAAUUUAAAUAGACGUCCAGGCAACAGCAUGGUACCACUGCCAGCUCUAUCCAAGUACAACUGAUAACAACAACAACAAUGUGUUGCAUUUAAUGAAAUUGUUGAUUUGAAUAGUUUCGUUCCAAAAUGAAACACGGGAAACUAUUCAAUAAUUUAUUUUAACUUUUUUUCUCCUAUCCUUUCAAAAAAAAAUUCAACUCCCAGCGAAGCAUUUGGUCGGUUCUCAUUCGAAGAACAGCGACAAUUUAUUGAUUGACUUUGUUCCUUUAUUUUUUUUUUUAGUUCUUGGCAAUGGCAUCAUUGUCAUUGUAUGAACCACGUUUGUCUCGUUGAAUAAAUUGUAAAGAAACUAGAAAUGAUAA